AUGAGCAGCAGCGCAAGCGGCACCAGCGCGAACGCGAACGCACCGACGCUCGACAUCAACGAAUUCCUCGAUAUUGCUGAAUUCAACCGUGGCCUCGCCACAAUCUUCAACAUGGACCUCUUCAACACCCCAGUCAACGAGACUUCCGAUGAGAUCCACUAUAAUACCUUCGUUCUCGCCCGCAUCGUUGAUUAUAAAGUCUCCUCAACAUGUCAAGGUCUCGAGCUGCUUGGAUCAUUCCAAGAAGACUUUGAGGAUUGGGAGGAAGACGACUUCAAGAAGGUCGAUCCAAGGGUCCCACCAGUCACUCCCGAUCUAAACCUCCCACCAGCUAUCGACCGCGAAGCUUACCGGACCGUGCCCCCAGUCCAGGUCCCCAAUGAAGACCUCGAUCCUGCCAUCGCCAACCAGUUUUCUAAGCUAUGGGAUCGAAAGCUCAACUAUUCAGGUGACGCCUACGAUAUCCUAGAUGAUAAGAUCCGUUACUUUCUCGAUGCCUGCCUCACAGCUAGCAUCAAACCGUCACAAUUCCACGCUUUGCUCUCAAAUAUCCUCACGAAGAGAGCAAAGAACUUCUUCGUGCAUCAAGUCAGCCGCGAUUCAACGUUCGCGGAGAUGUAUCAGAAGAUGAAGCAGCACUUUGAUACGGAAGUCAAUAGGCAACAGUAUCACACUGACUGGACCUCGAUCAAUUUCACACAGCUUCGGAAGGAAUCUCCCGAGAAGCCUCUCUGUGAAAUCCUCCAGGCUCUUCUUGACAAAUUGCAGCUAUGCCAGAGAGCUCUUGGGAAUAGCUAUGGCGGCGAAGACCAGCUAAUUUCAACGACAAUUCGAGCAUGCCGUGGCGUGCCUGAAUUAGAAUUCGCCCUCUUCGUGCCGGCUAAGACCUUCGAGGGACUAUCUUCACAGCUAAGAUCGUCACUCACAACCGUCAGCCAAAGACAGCCCGGACAGCCCAGUCAAUAUCUUCAAGAUCAAGACCAAUUCUUUACUGACCGCCGCUAUCAGCACCCCGCUGACAAAAGGAAGAAGUGGACGAAGCGCUGCUACGUCUGCGGCAAAGAAGGCUGUUUUUCAACGAAGCAUCCGGAUGACGAGAGAAAGAGGGCCAAGGAAAGAUAUCUUCGAGAACGAGGAUUUCACGGCCAGAAGUCAUCUUCCCGUCCAUUUACUACGUUCCUUGCCGAUUACGAAGGGGACCCAGAUGAAGAUCAGACCUCUGAUUCUGCUGACGAUGACUCUGACGAUCAAAGCGAUAGCUUCUUUGCAGCUGCCUUCCUAUCUAAUAGAGCUUUUCGCCACCGCAUUCACACCGUCGAGGGAGAAUCGAUAUGCGAGGAAUCACAGCAUUUCUUGCUCGAUCGCUACAACCGGACCUCUUUCCAAGGGAUCCUGCCUGACACGGGUGCAGCGAAGAUAUCUACAGCUGGGAUCGACCAAUUCCGCGCGCUCCAACGAGAGAUGCCGACGGUCCAGCUACGGAAGAAUGCGACGAUCGCAACGGUCAGAUUCGGUGGAAACGAGCCGACGAACACGAUCGGGAUCACAACAGUCAUCACCCCGAUUGGAGAAGUCGUUUUCCACGUUAUCAAUAUGUCAACGCCCUUCUUGCUAUGCCUCAAGGAUAUGGACCGUCUCGGUGCCUAUCUCAACAACGUCACGAACGAAUUGAUCUGCGGCGAUAAGAGGAUUCCGAUCAUCAAGGCAGACGCACCGCGCAGGUUCAAAUUCACGUUAAAGGAUAACUGCGAUUUCAACUACGAAUUGAUCGUCGAUUCGUUGCUUCAAAUGGCCUUCAAAUCCGUCAAUGAUACCGCCGGACCUGACGGUCUAGUGCCCACACUACUAGUCUUUGAAGUCACAGUUGAGCUAGACAACGGGCCAGCUAAAUUUCGCAGCACGGCUGUCCAGCCCUACUUUCGCCACCCGGAUUCGCAGCAGCAACGAAGUCACGAUGUUCUACAGCAGCCACACGCUGACAAUCAGACUGCUGACAAUCAGGCUGAUAGCAUCAACGUUGAGACCGAAGUGCCUAAGCCAUUCGAAUAUCCCGAGCCGGAAAGACCACGCAGACGCGGCAGACCAAGAAAACCCUUUUCGUUACCUCGAUCUCAAUUUUCACCCGCUAAUAUGUUUCUAUCGCAUAAGGAGUGCGCCGCCCUCGACCUUGCCGUAAAGUUACGUGCAGAGAAGAAAAUCACUACCGCCGGACGACCGUUUGAAGCCUCUGAUGACCUCGAAAUCACGAACCUGCUAGGCGCAGGCGUCAUCGUGCCCGAACGAUACGAUAUGAAUAAGCAUGGAAAACACAGGCUAUUCAAGUCACGAAUGGUCCGGGAGGUCAAAGGAUAUGGUGACGACGAGAAGCAGAUCAACGUCACGACCGCAGAGACCAACGCGGAUACCGCACUUCAGGUUAAUGCCUUCGGCGUUGCCGCGCUUCAGACUGAUGAUACGUUAUUGGUAGGCACAACAACAUUCCUGCAACGUGAAGACCGCGAGCUAUGCUUCCAAGCCAAGCCAAAGAAGACCCUACGAGAAGGCGAUACCUGUGAUUUCAACGGCAGCCUCAUUGCUCUAGAGAAGGGCUAUCUUCUAGUCAUGCAGAAAGGUCAGGUCAACAACCUCAAAAUUAUCGAUCUAUCCACGGAAGAUCGGGCCCAACGAUACGUGGAACAACGUGCCCAUCCAACCGCGGAGGAUUUUCAGGCGUUGAAUAAACGGAUCCAAUGGCAGAUCGACAAUCCACAAAGAGGCCUUCGAUUUGUCCCAAUAGGUCUAGAAGCAGCAAAGGUCUUCGUCUUCACAGACGGAUCAUUCGCCAACAACAAGGACUUAAGCUCUCAGAUCGGAUUCGUUAUAAUCAUUGCAACCGAGACUAACUCGACGAAGUGCAAGAGAGUCACCCGCAGCGUCUUGGCUUCUGAGAUAUAUGGAUUAGCUUCAGGCUUCGAUUUGGCAUAUGUGAUCACAGAGACGAUCAACCAGAUCACAAACCGCCUUGGAUUGCCGCAAAUCCCGCUCGUGGUGUCGUACGAACAGAGAGACAUCACAAGCAUCCGUUGGAUCAAUGGUGCGGACAACCCGGCUGAUGCAAUGACGAAGCUAUCUCCGAACGGAGCCUUGACCCGAUUCGUCAACGACAACGAGAUCACGAUCCGGCUUGAAGGUUGGGUUCAAAGGAAGGAAGAUAUGACGAUUGAAGAGGCGAUUAACGAUUGA